AUGUUCGACGAUCUGUUCAAGUUGCUGCGCAGCCCACGAUGGGUCAGUUCACCCAUCGCACGACGCUUUGGCUUCAGUUCCGAGCUGUCAUAUGAGGAAGACGAUCUAGAAGAUACGCCGUCGAAUUGGACCAAGAUUUCAACUUCAGGCCACCGGCCUCCGGUGCGCAGCGGUCACUCGUCUCUAGUUGUUGAUGACAUGAUGUACGUGUUUGGAGGCUACAACGACGGAAACUGCCACAACGAUGUCUACGCGUUUGACCUGGUUCGCCACCGCUGGCAAUACAUUAAGACGUCAAACGGUAUCCAUCCCGACGGUCGUGCCUCCCAUGCUUGGUGUACAUCAACGGAUAAGACGAAUCUGUACCUGUUUGGUGGAUCAGGGCCGCAUUGGGGGCAAACAAACAUGGGUAAAUUGUUGCAGUUCAAUAUUCGCGACAAGAACUGGACAGUUAUCGAGGCAAAAGGCAAACAACCGCCGCCAGGAUACGGCCAGAGCCUUUGUGCUAUCAACAAUAAGCUGUAUCUCUUUGGAGGCACUUCUGGACACGUAUACGUGAAUGACCUAUACGUUUAUGAUGAAAUGACGAAGGUUUGGGAGAAAGUAGAGACAAACGGCAAGCGCCCGAGCCCGCGGUAUAAGCAUCAAGUGGCCAUAGUCACCAAUCGUAUGUACGUUAUUGGCGGUGGUCUUUACGAUCCACCCAAAGGGCCAAUCAGCACGUACUAUCUCGAUGUGGACACUCUGGAGUGGCACGACGUGGAAUGUAGUGGCGACAUUCCACGGUCACGCAUCGCGCACACAAUUUCACAAUUGUCGAGUGACCCCUACCGGUUGAUCAUGUUUGGUGGACGUGACGACAGCGGUUCAAGGCAAAACGAACUGAGUGAGCUGAACUUGCGGACUAAUGAGUGGAAAAUUUACUACAACGAAGAAGGCCAUCAGCCCGACGCUCGUGACUUUCACACAAGUGUGUUUCAUAACGACCACAUUUUCGUUUUUGGUGGAUCGAAUGGCGUAGAGCGCAACAAUGAUGUUUUUCGCUACACGAUGACGUACCAACCGUCUACGCUAUUGAUCCUCGCCAUGCAGGUUCUGCACCAAAACAUUGAACACAUAGCGAAAGAGGAUCUGGAAGCGCUGCCAUUUGAUCUAAAAAUUGGCGUGGAGAACAUUAAUCCUGAUGUGAAAUGCUCCCACAACCCGACUUGGUAUGUCCUCGAAGACCAAAACCAAGAAAACGGGACGCUAGAUAUGUAG